AUGGCUGAGGGGCAGGCGGGACCAGGGCCUGGAGACUGGGAGAUCGACGUGGAGAGCCUGGAACUGGAGGAGGACGGCGGUGGAGCGCCGCCGCCGGCCGCUGGGGACAGCACGCCCAAGUGCGCGCGCUGCCGCAACCACGGCGUCGUGUCCUGCCUCAAGGGCCACAAACGCUUCUGCCGCUGGCGUGACUGCCAGUGCCCCAACUGCCUGCUGGUGGUGGAGCGGCAGCGCGUCAUGGCCGCCCAGGUGGCGCUCCGGAGGCAGCAGGCCACCGAGGACAAGAAGGGACUUUCCGGGAAACAGAAUAAUUUCGAACGCAAAGCCGUGUACCAGAGGCAAGUCAGGGCGCCCAGCUUGCUGGCCAAAAGCAUUCUAGAAGGGUACCGCCCCCUUCCCUCGGAGACUUACCUAGGUGGGCCCUCACCGCUGCCUCCCCCAGUAAGUGACAGGAUGAGGAAAAGACGGGCCUUUGCUGAUAAAGAGCUGGAGAACAUUAUGCUGGAGAGAGAAUACAAAGAGAGGGAGAUGCUGGAAGCUUCCCAAGCUGCUGCCUUGUUCCUGCCCAACCGCUUGGUGCAUGGACCUGAAUGCAACUCCUACAAAAGCACCUACAGCCCCACCCCUGUGGACCCUCCGAGCAAGGACUUCUGCAGCUUCUUGCCCACCUGCCUUGAUCUAACCAUGCAGUAUUCCGGGUCUGGGAACAUGGAACUCAUUUCUUCCAACGUCAGCGUGGCUGCGACUUACAGACAAUACCCCGUGUCCUCCAGAUUUUUAGUUUGGCCCAAAUGUGGCCCCAUUAACGACAGUCUCCUCUACCAGCAGUGCUUGCUCAAUGCCACCACCUCAGUGCAAGCCCUGAGACCCGGGGUGGGCUGGGACUCCAAGGGAACACGCCUCCCGGAAGCACUCAGCGCAGAACAUGACGGGAUGCCCACCAAAAUGGAAGGCUGUUUGGUGCUGCCCCCCAUGCCCGAGGUCCAGGGCCACCAGGCAGUGCCCGAGAGAUCUGCGUUCUCCUCACCCCGACGGAAUUUCUCUCCCAGGGUUGACCCGGACUCCCUGGCAGCUCCGGGGCACAUCUUAACCAAGAUCAACAAAGAAAGCAACAGCCAUCCUCUGCCACUUAAACAUAAUCCUUUCCACUCAUUGUUCCAGCAGACGCUUAAUGACAAAUCAGGGCCUGAGCUGAAAACACCAUUUGUCAAGGAGGCCUCGGAAGGGGCCCCUAAGAAACACCGCGAGUGUGCCGUCAACGAGAACCAGAAGUACACGUUUACAAUAGAUAGAUGUGCAAAAGACCUUUUUGUAGCCAAGCAAGUUGGAACAAAACUCUCGGUGAAUGAACCCCUGUCGUUUUCCGUCGAGUCUAUUCUUAAGAGGCCUUCGUCUGCCAUCACCCAUGUCUCCCAGUGAAAGGCCGUGCGAACGCAAAGCUGGGUUUUCUGCCAUCUCCUGGGGUUCUUGCCAUUCACUCAUUUAAAAAAACAAAAAUGCCAAGAUGUUU